AUGGAAGACAUGUCCUCCCAAGAAACUGAGCAAGGAAGCCCGAAGCAAGGUGAUGAAGAGAACGCGUGGAAGGGUAGUGGAGCACGCAAGCUGUUCAACGACCUCCAUGCAGAAGAUGACUGGUACGUAGGUGAAUCGGAUUCUAAAGAUGUGGUUGCGGCGAUGCGUGAAGAUGAUUUGGAUGAUGAGGUCCCGGAGAAUGAUGAUCCCAGUUGCCCCACGAUAGCGUUUACGGUGAUGGAAAAACAAAGAUGGAGGCGCAAAUGGCGGUCCGCCCUAAUUGUUACUGUUUUGGGACGUACGUUCCCUUACCCAGUUAUCAUGCGUAGAUUGGAAACACUAUGGGCGAAGUGUGGGGUGCUACAAGUUUCGAGCCUCUCCUUCGGUUCUAUGCGGUCAGAUUCUCGAGCCAGUUCGACUACGAACAGGCGGCUAUAG